AUGCUUCAAUCUUCUCAUAAAAAAUCUGAUCUAUCAGUUUCUGAUUACCUUAUCUCUGAGGAACAACCUGUAACUCAUUUCUCAAUAAACCUUACAGUACCGGAAUCCGUUAACAAUAGAACCGAAAAAUCUAACUCGAAGAACAAUUCGGAGGAAUCAGAGUCUGCUGAGGAGGUGAAGGCACACUACAGAGGGGUAAGACGAAGGCCAUGGGGAAAGUACGCAGCGGAGAUUCGAGAUCCGAAGCGUAACGGUGCGAGAGUGUGGUUGGGGACGUUUGAUACAGGUGUUGAAGCGGCUAAGGCGUAUGAUAGAGCGGCAUUUCAGAUGCGUGGUUCUAAAGCGAUUCUGAACUUUCCUCUAGAGGUUGAGAAUUUAAAGGUGGAGGAAAUAACAGGAGAGAAUGAAGGUUUAAUCAUAACUUCCGGCAGUGGGUGCCGGAAAAGAAUGAGGGAUGGGAAUGAGAUGGAGGUGGUUGUGAAGAAGUACAUCGUUAUAUGA